UCUCGCUGUCGUCGUAGCCCUCGUCCUCCUCUCGGUGUUGUUGUUCUCGGUGACGCGACGGAGGUGUAGCCUGACGCGAUCUCUUACGUGUCGGUCUGAAUAAAAGUGGAGCUCCGUAGACCCGGGAGUGACGAAGCGAGUCUGUGUUGAUUUUAAAUGACAAUGGAAGCUUGUGCCGAUACACAGCAAAGUGGUGAAACGGGUGUGAAGCAAGAGUCCGAGAUUGGCCUGUCCCAGGCCUCCAUAGCGUCGAGCCAGGUGUCAUCCAGCAGUCCCACAGUGGCCUUGGUGCAGCUGCCCAACGGCCAAACCGUCCAAGUGCACGGGGUGAUCCAAGCGGCCCAGCCCUCGGUUAUCCAGCCCCCUCAGGUCCAAGCAGUUCAGAUUUCAACAGUUGCCGAGAGUGAGGACUCUCAGGAGUCUGUUGACAGUGUCACAGAUUCUCAGAAGAGGAGAGAGAUCCUGUCCAGAAGACCUUCGUACAGGAAAAUCCUAAACGACUUAUCAUCAGACGCUCCAGCAGUUCCUUGCAUCGAGGAAGAAAAGUCAGAAGACGACUCUGCCCCGGCCAUCACCACCGUCACCAUGCCCACGCCCAUUUACCAAACAAGCAGCGGCCAAUACAUCGCCAUCACACAGGGAGGGGCCAUCCAGUUGGCCAAUAAUGGGACAGAUGGCGUUCAGGGCCUGCAAGCACUCACCAUGGCCAAUGCCGCCACAGGCCAACCAGGUGCCACCAUCCUGCAAUACGCCCAGACCAGUGAUGGUCAGCAGAUCCUGUUGCCCAGCAACCAGGUGGUUGUACAAGGUGAGAAAAGAUGGCAAACAAAGUUCCUCUGGCACUUCUCUUUGUUACCAUUUACCUCCAACCCUUCAGCCGCCUCCGGAGAUGUUCAGGCCUAUCAGAUCCGCACAGCCCCAUCCAGCGCUCUCACCCCCGGGGUCGUCAUGGCGACCUCGCCCGCAUUAGGUACAGGGACGGGAACAGAGGAAGUCACGCGCAAAAGAGAGGUGCGCCUUAUGAAAAACAGGGAGGCUGCCCGUGAGUGUCGCAGGAAGAAAAAGGAGUAUGUCAAGUGUUUGGAGAAUCGGGUCGCCGUGCUGGAGAACCAGAACAAAACCCUCAUUGAGGAACUUAAAGCCCUCAAAGACUUGUACUGCCAUAAAUCUGAGUAGGCUCAUCAUUAUUCGCCCGGCGUGGGCCCGCCCAUGUACAGAGACUCAGCAAAGAGCCAUGCAUAUGGAUGCCACUCUACCUUUUCUAAUUGUUUUGCUUUCUUAAAAAAAAACAAAAACAAAGAAAAAGAAACCACAUACACACACAAAAAAGCAAGAAAUUUAUGUGGCCCAGUAGGCAAAGUUAACUGGCAGUACUAAGUUAGCAUUCUGUUUCUGUGACAUCGUCAUGAGUGGAUUUGUCCUGGGAGGGGCGCCCAUAAAUAAAGUGACCAAAGGAAUAGAUUCUGUCACUGGGUCUUGAACGGGAGAUGGAGCUGCAAGAUGUCAUUGGCACGAAUGAUGGAACAGUUACAGCCCCCGCCCCCAGCUUCCUGGCGGUGCCUCACUUGGAGACCUCACAUCAUUAACAAACGGUGUGGUUUCACAGUGGUUGGAAGGUGUACCUGAAUUUGCAUCUGAUCUCCUUCUGGGAGAUCGCCCUCUUUGUUAGCACACUUUGCCUUGCUACGUGAACAAAAAUGCUUUGCGUUCGGAUUUUAGUGUUUUAUGCAGCACAAAACACUAGCGAUCUCGAAUUUUCCGUUUUUUGUUUUUAAUUGGCAUUUUGUCUCUAACCUUAUUAAUGCAGGGUCAUUAUUUUUUGUUUUUGGGUUGUUGUAAUCUUUCUAUGGAUCUGCACAUUUUUUUAAAAAGAAAAACAGGAAGGAGUUCCACACGUGUGUUUGCAAUAAACAUGGUCUUUUUUUUUAGACCUUGAAUGAGAAGAGAUGGGGGGAAAUGUAGAGAACGAAUAAUUGACACAGGGUGUGUGUGUGUGUGUGUGGCUUUUUGUAUUGUGGCUUUUAUUCUAAUUAUUUCUGAUGUCAUUAUUUUCUUAAAAUAAAAACCAAAAAUAAUGAGCCCUGCUUACAGCUUAUGCAAUAGAUACAUCAUCACAGCCUGUGAUGAUGUGUUUUAACUUCUCUGUGUUAUAAGGAAAUUCGAGAACUUCAAAUUAGUAAGAUGAGGUUGUAUACAGUAUGCACUUUUCCUUGCUGAAACAAUCCAGAUAUACAAGGUGUGUCUGAAAAGUCCCAGCCCUGGUGUUCCAAAUGUUGUUUCAAAUCCAAAUGACAAGUUUCCCCCGUUGAAGUAAAGCCAUUUCGAGUCAAUUACACAUAUAUUUUUUGAGACCUUGUAUUCAACAUUCAAGCAUGAUGCCCUGCAACAAUGUAAGCAGUAAUUGUCCACAAAA